AUGGAUUUCUCUCAUACCCAACAAACAAUAAGAGAUGAACAAGAACAUGGACAGGAACCAGCGGCCUCGGCUCCGGACAUUCAGGAUAAGUGCCGACUUCGUACCGGCUCCAGCGCUGGAGUUCAGUGCCGGACCAUCUGCAACACGAUGACCGGCUCAAAGGGACAGUUGCUGUGGGGUGUCUGCAUUGCGAUGCCAUGGUUUGGUGUUAUCGCCCUGACUGUCCCUGCUCAUCAGCCUGGCCUGAGAAUGAGGAGGAUGGCAAAGCGCACUGCACUGCCAAACGAUAAAUGUGCGAAUGACAGCGAGUGCCCUCUAGACGCCGUUUGCCAAAGCAAUACCUGUUAUUGUGACGGUGGUUUGUGCAAUUCCAGAUAUUUACCAGCGUGCUUCACACUUGUAAAACGGGAUGACACAUGUACAGAAAUGAUUACCACCACUGAAGGGCCAACACAGAGGACCUCACCGCCGGUCACAGGACCACAGACACCACGGCCAGAGAACAGGAGAUGCCAAUUGCAGUUUAACAAGGAGCUGCAGGAAUGUGAAAACUCCAUGAAUCAGGAUGGAUUCUGCAAUUUGUUGAGGCAAAAUGCUCGUAUUCAAGAAACCUCAUGUCACAGAAAUGACACCAAUGUUACAGCGCAGCAAGUUGCUAAUGAGUUCUCAGAGAUUCUAAACCACACGACCUUGAACAACUUGACUACUUCAGAGCUACGUUCAGCCUUCACCUCCAUAGUGGAGACUGUGGAGACCUCGUUGCUGGAAACCUUCUCAAACAGCCCUCAGAACCAAAACAUCAGCACACCUGAGAUGGAGGUUCAGAUGAAGGUUUCCAGAGACAUAUGUGGUAGAGACUCGUCCCUAACCCUGACUGUGCUGGAGAACACCAUGCAGGUCCCGUGUGCACAUGUGAGUGGAAGUAAAGAUGGUGCAAUCUUAAUCUCCUAUAUAGGAUUGGAAUCUAAGUUGAAUGGCAGUGCUUUUGGGGCAUUAGGAGAAGACAACCCUGAAGACAGUGAGAAGAUCAAUUCCCCCAUCAUAAGUGGAGCCAUCACCAGUCCCAAUACAGCCAACCUGGAACCCCCGGUGGCCUUCCACCUGAGACAGCUAACGGAUGUCCCACCUUCCUUUAUCUUACAAUGUGUGUUCUGGGAUUUGGAGCUGAAGAUUUGGUCAAGCCGUGGAUGUGAGACCCAGAAGUCUGACAGAGUGAACAGUAGUUUCUGCGUAUGCAACCACCUGUCCACCUUCGCUGUCCUCAUGGCACCCAGUUACAAUGUGGACUAUGGCUUAGUUCUGAUCUCUCGUAUUGGCCUGAGCGUGUCCCUCGUCUGUCUCUGCCUGUCACUUCUCACCUUCCUCCUGUGCCGGUCUAUAAGAAGCGCUCACACCUCCGUCCUGACAGCUCUGUGCGUGUGUCUCUUCAUUGGGCAGUUGUUGGCUUUGUUCGGCCUGCAUCAGACUGGGUAUAAGGUCCUGUGCGGCGUGAUUGCCGGUCUCCUCCAGUUCUCCUUCCUCUGUGCCUUCUGCUGGAUGUCUCUGGAGAGCGCCCUACUCUUCAUGACGGUCCGGAACCUGCAGGCCAUGAACUACCUGACGUCUCAACGCUCCCUUUUCCCGUAUAUGUGUAUAGCCGGGUUUGGAAUUCCUCUCAUCAUCAUUAUCGUCUCUGCAGCUAUGCGGCCGGAUGGAUAUGGAACAGAAAAAUAUUGUUGGCUCAGGCAGGAUCUCGUCUGGAGUUUCAUCGGUCCGGUUUGUGUGUUCAUCACUAUAAACUUCAUUCUCUUGGUUACUACAUUUGUGCUCCUCAAGAAGAAGAUAGCGUCCCUCAAUGCAAAUGUUUCAACCUUAAAACAAACCCGUCUUCUGACAUUCAAGGCUUUGUCCCAACUCUUCAUAUUGGGCUGUACCUGGAUUAUUGGAAUCUUCCAGUUUGGGUCGGGCUCCCUGGUCAUGUCCUACAUCUUCACCAUCUGCAACAGCCUCCAGGGAUUGUACAUCUUCUGUGUGCACUGCCUGCUCAACCGCCAGGUGAUGGAAGAGUAUAGAAGAGGGUUCCGUAGACUGCGGUCCAGGAGGUCAGACUCAGAAGUCACAUCUGGCACUACGCUGCCCAUGACCAAAAAGUCUCCCAUUCCUGGUGCUAAACCCCCCUCCUAUGAGCUACAUCCCAUCCACCAAUCAUCACAACCCUUCCUCCUGCUGCGACCUGACAAUGAGCCACUUCAGGGAUAUUGGCUUCACCUCUCUGGAGGCGUCAGAGCCAAUGUACCCGGGAGACCAAAGCUCCAUGAUUGA